ACCCUCUCAUAAGAAAACCCCUGCCUUGCUGCCUUGUAACCCCUGACUCGGAUUCUAAUACACCGCGCAUUUGGGCCCACCUUCACGCUUGAACCUCUCGCUCUCCUUCAUCGAAGUUUUAAUCACUUCCGAAAAGGUUAAGUAAUCGCUCAUGGAAUAUGAUGAAUUCAUCGACCCAACUGAUCAAUCUUCUCAAGGUGCUUCGUCGGAAAGAUACCUGCUUGGCUUCGUCUGCGCCCACAUCGUUGGGGUUAAGUACUAUUCGGGCACCAUCAGUGGCCGUGAAAUGGUUGGUCUGGUCCGUGAACCUCUCAACCCCUACGAUGAGAACGCCAUUAGGGUCCUCAACACUAGAGCAACUCAGGUUGGGCAUAUUGAGCGCUCCGUCGCUGCCGUACUGUCUCCCUUGAUAGACUCCGAGCUCAUCAUUGUGGAAGGCAUUGUGCCCAAAACGUACUCUGGUAACAAAUUCAAGAUUCCUUGUCAAAUUCAUAUAUUUGCGACGAUUGAGGCUUUUCCAACCGUGAAAGACGUGAUUUCAGACGCUGGGUUAGCUUUAAUUUUAGUGUCUGAUGCAGCUUCUACGUUGUCAGAGUCUAUGGCUGUGAAAGAAAGGAAGGCUAAGAAUGAUUUUAAGAGUGUAGAUGAGAUUUUUAAGUUGGUUGAUGAGAAUUUUAGCAAAAAGGGUAUAUUGGAAGCUUUGGAGCCUCCUCGAAGUGUCAUCAAGUCUAAUCUUUUCCUACAUCAGAAGGAAGGCUUGGGGUGGUUAGUUCAUCGAGAGAAUUCUGGUGAAUUGCCGCCAUUUUGGGAAGAGAAAGAUGGAGCCUUUGUGAAUGUUUUGACUAAUUAUCAUACGAACACAAGGCCAGAGCCUUUGCGAGGUGGUAUUCUAGCAGAUGAUAUGGGAUUAGGCAAGACCUUAACUUUACUUUCCUUAAUUGCUCUUGAUAAAGAUUCUAUUUCUCUAAAUACGGAAGAAGGGAAGCAUGAUGAAAAUGGGGGGCGCAAUGAAGGAUUCGCUGUCUCAAGUGGUAAGAAGGGUAAGAGGAGAGGAACAAAUAAACAGAUCACUGGAUCAGAAAAAAAACGCAAGACUGAGAGUACUUCUUCAAGGGGCCAUGUAAAAGGAAAAUCUGUUGCUGCAGAUGUCACACCUUCAACUGGCAUGAAUAUGAAGACUACCUUGGUUGUGUGCCCCGCUUCUGUAAUUUCAACAUGGAUAUCACAGUUAGAAGAACAUACUAAACCAGGAACAUUGAAGACGUACAUGUAUUAUGGUGAUAAAAGGACCGAGGAUGCUGAAGAACUUAAGAUGUAUGAUUUAGUAUUAACCACAUACACGACCUUAGCUACUGAAGAAUCUUCUCCAGACUCACCCAUAAAUAAAGUAUAUUGGUGGAGGGUCAUUUUGGAUGAAGCACAUGUAAUCAAAAAUGUGAAUGCUAAACAAAGUCAAGCUGUCAUGAAAAUUGUAGCUGAGCGGAGGUGGGCUGUUACAGGGACACCAAUUCAAAAUGGUUUAUAUGAUUUAUUUUCUCUCAUGGCAUUUUUACGCUUUCAACCAUUUUCAACAAAGAGUUAUUGGCAGAGCUUGGUGCAGCUUCCUCUUGUUGAAAGAAACCCAAACGGACUCUUACGUCUUCAGGUCUUGAUGGCAACAAUUUCAUUGCGAAGAACGAAGGAUAAAGCAUUGGUGGGAUUGCCUCCAAAAACUGUAGAGACUUGUUUUGUGGAACUUCUUGAGGAAGAACGGAAACUAUAUGAUCAGAUAGAAUCGAGAGCAAAGAACAUAGUGGCAGGUUAUUUUAAUGACGGAAGCAUAACGCGCAACUAUUCCACUGUACUUGGUAUAAUUUUACGGCUUCGACAAAUUUGUACUGAUAUGGCAUUGUGCCCAUCAGAUAUCAAAUCUUUACUCCCUUCUAAUAGCAUCGAAGAUGUUUCCAAUAACCCGGAAUUGCUGCAAAAGUUGGUAGAGGUGCUGCAAGAUGGUGAAGAUUUUGACUGUCCAAUAUGUAUUUCUCCGCCAACGGAUAUUGUAAUUACAUGCUGUGCUCACAUAUUCUGCCAAGCUUGUAUUCUGAAAACCCUACAGCGGAGCAAAGCCUGUUGUCCCCUUUGUCGUCACCCCCUCAACGAAUCUGACUUGUUCUCCGCCCCACCUCAAUCUUCUGAUGCUGAUGCUGCUGGACUCUCUUCGGACAAGACAAGCUUAUCCUCUAAAGUAUCUGCUCUGGUGAAACUUCUUGUUGCCUCAAGGGAUCAACAUCCAUCUGCAAAAUCAGUUGUGUUUUCUCAAUUUCGUAAGAUGCUGAUCUUACUGGAACAACCUCUGAAGGCAGCUGGUUUCAAGACACUGCGCCUUGACGGGACCAUGAAUGCUAAACGAAGGGUUCGAGUUAUGGAAGAAUUUGCAGCUGGAGGAACAGAUGAACCCAUUGUUCUACUGGCAAGCCUCAAGGCUACAGGCACAGGUAUAAAUCUGACAGCCGCCUCCAGAGUAUACUUAUUGGAGCCAUGGUGGAACCCAGGAGUGGAGGAACAGGCAAUGGAUCGUGUGCACCGCAUUGGACAGAAAGAGGAGGUGAAGAUUGUAAGAUUGAUUGCUAAAAACAGCAUUGAAGAGAGGAUAUUGGAGUUGCAAGAGAAGAAGCAGCAGCUUGCAAAGGAAGCGUUUGGAAAGAGGAAAGCAAAGGACGGUAGGGAAGUUGGAGGGGAUGAUUUCCGAAUGCUCUUGUCCUUGUGAGCUUUGUUCUUAUGUCAAUAUUAGUUGAUGGUUAACAUCAAAUGGUAGUGCAUGUAUGUCCCAUGUUGUGUUCAUGUACGUAUGUUCUCGUCUGUUUUUUUGUCCAUUUUUGGCCAAAUGCUUUUGCCGUUCCCAACCAGGAACAUUCAACAUGCCCAAUGUAAUGGCAGCAUGCGCACAGGCUUCCAUUUUGAGAUUCUUGGUUCCACUGAUAAGCAAGUAUACUUGUUUUGCUUUUC